ACAUUUGAUAGAUUGAUGUAAAUUACUUUCGUGAGAAGAAGUGGGACGAAAAGAACGAUCUCGCGAGCGAGAUCAUGGGAGUGGUGAUCGAGAGCGACCGAUGGGAGCUGCAUCCCUCCGCCUUCCUCGUCCUCUUCGCAUCCUGCUUUGCUUCCAUCUUCCUCCUUCCUUACUUCUCCCGGAGCAUCUCUGGCAGGGGAGCCGUUGCUUCGUCUCUCUUCGAUCUUGGCCACACGGCUCCGUUUCUCCGUUUCCAGAGCGGUUUCCUGAUGCUCUACGCUCUGGCUUCAGUUAUGCAGGGGGUUGAAUCCGUAUUUGGUGAGAAUGAUUUUGCAGAGUAUGGAAGUAGCCGGGAGCAGAUGGCAUGGUAUUUGGCGAUGGGGGCGUUUGCUGCUCUCAUUUUUGGUACUUUCUCCGGCAUUCUCUUUGACAUUUUGGGUGCAAGAAAGGCUUGCUUGCUUUUUUGCUUCCUUCACAUUUUUCUGGGAGCCUUGAAGAGUUUGAUCAAGCAUCCAAUUUUUUGGAUGUCAAAUAUAUGCUUAUCAAUUGCUUCUUCUGUAUUUUCUUUCUGUUAUGAGACAUGGAUGGUAAUAGAACAUGAGAAGCAAGGUCAUAAGCAAGAUCUUCUGAAUGAUACAUUUUGGUUGAUGACCUUUUUUGAGUCUUUUUCUCUAAUUGGUAGCCAAGGCCUCUCAAAUUUGUUUGUUAAGGGUGUUCAUUCAAGAUCCUUUAACUCAUCUGCUCUGGCUGCCAUAUUGGCUGUUUUAAGCACUCUGUAUAUCAAGAAAGAAUGGAGCAAAAGUCAUCAUGCAACUGUUGUUGGGAGUUAUAAAAAGUCAUUUUCAGCUCAUAUUCUUAAAGACAAAAAUAUUCUGGUUCUCAUGUGGGCUCAGGCAAGCAUCCAUUUUUCCAUGUCAGUGUUCUGGAUACUUUGGGCACCAACUAUAGUGGCAGAUGGGAGGGAGGUAAAUCUAUCUUUAAUAUAUCCAGUCUUGAUUGGCUCAAGAAUGCUCGGCAGCACUGCUUUCCCAUGGCUUUUCAGUGAGGCAAAAUUGCUUGGCAAUGAGGAUUGCCUAAUGACAGCUAUGGGAGUCGCUAGUAUAGCUUUGUUCAUCGUCGCUUAUGAUUACCAGGAGAUUGGAGUUCUAGUUCUUCUAUUUUGCAUCUUUCAUGCAUGUGUUGGUUUUAGUUUACCUUCACUCGCAAGAUUGAGAACAAUGUACCUACCAAAUGAGCUUCGUGGUGGAAUGAUAACAUUCUCCUUAGCACCAGCUAAUGCAGCACUCCUAUUUGUUCUUCUUCAGGGCGGUUAUCAUCGGAAUCUUGAGAAUUCCACAAUCAUGGCUCUUGCGGCGUUUGGCUUGUUGAUUGCUUCUGGUUGCAUAUAUAAAUUGCGAUCAUGGAGAAAGAUGUCUCGUCAAAACUGGCAUAAUAUAUAGCUCGUGUUUGAUUAAUCCAAUAACCUUUCAAGCAGAUUCAGAUCUAUAUUCCUUCAGUGUGCAUUUUCAGGUUUUUUCUAAUCUGCUAUAUUUGAAGAGCCCAGAAGUAAACAUUCAAGUUUUUGCACAUCAGACAACAUUUUACUACAUGAUCCACAUGCCAAGUAGAUUCAGGCGACACGAAGAAGAGUUAUUUCCUAUUCCUCAAAGAGUCAACACUCAAAUAUUUCCUGGUUCUUGAUUUUUUGGCACACUACUUUGCCUUAUUCUUUUAAUUUAGACCUUGAGAUUAAUUGAAAAUUUGAAACGUUUCCAUGUUGAUCAAUUCUUGAAAAAUCACCGGAAAGCUUGGGGGCUAUUGAUAAUGAAAAGUGUAAGAAUUAUGACUCCCAUCA